ACUAGGAAGCUCAUCAGGCAUGACAUCAGGGAACUCCUAUAACAACUUACGUACCUCGGGAGGGAAAUCAGACUUAGACUCAGUGGAAUCUGGAGGAGUCUCCCUAGCUACAAUAGCUAACCUCCUCAGCCCCUUCUUAUUAGGGUGGUUUACUCGCGGGAAUGCGAUGUCGAAAAUAAAGGAUUGAAUGGAUGAGCGGAGCAGUGAGUGUAAGCGAACGGACCGGGCAUGUGAUAUGCUUGGGGGUGGUUUUCUUUGAUGGAGAUGUCCUGGUGUCAGCAACGAGAGCAAUGAGAGCAAAUGAGGCGGGGAUUUCAGCGAAAGGAGACUAUGGUUUCCGUCGGCCGUUAGAUGUCCUUUAUAGCCACCGUUACGGAAUUGUAAAGAAGGGAUGGUUUAAAGCCAGUCCAGAAGACCAAGAUCCGAACCUUUGGAUCUUCUUUCUUGAAGCUAGGAUUUUUGCAAAGGAAGCGACCUUACCUCAAUUGUCAGCUUCACUCGAAAGAGAAAACGAAACCCUCAAUCCGUUCAUUGUCAACCGCCCGCUUAGAAGUGGAUUCGAGCCACUGACACAGCUCCGGACUAGGCAAAAGUCUUAGUCAUUCUGACCCACUCCUUUCAAACAUCUCAUAUUCGUGUGAGUCACCUUAACUUAGAAAGUGGAAUGAAAGGCUUCUUCGAUGGAUAUCUUUAUAAAAAAUUCUAAGCUCC